AGGCGGAGAAUCGGAUUCGUCAUAUCAACAAAAGAGAAAAGUAUCACUUCCACUCUUAGAACUCAAACCAUGCCGUUUCAAAGGAUAGUUAUCGCCGUGGGUCGGCCGGAGGAGGCCACCCAUCCUGCCGCCCUGAAGGCCGCUUUGGCCGAGUUUAUUUCUACUCUUAUCUUCGUUUUUGCCGGCCAAGGUUCCGGUCUGGCUUUCUCUAAGCUCACUCAUAAUUCACCCACCACUCCGAUUGGUCUCAUCAUCGCCUCCAUAGCUCAUGGCUUUGCCCUUUUUGUCGGUGUCUCCACCGCCGCAAACAUCUCCGGUGGACACCUUAACCCCGCCGUGACUUUCGGGGCCUUGCUCGGCGGUAACAUCACUAUCCUUCGCGGUAUUCUUUAUUGGAUCGCUCAGCUCCUCGGCGCCGUCGUCGCUAACUUGUUGCUCAAGUUCGUCAUCGUCGACGUGGCAAUUACGGGAUUCUUGCCAACAGCAGGGGUUGGAAUAUGGGAAGCAUUUGUAUUCGAGAUUGUAAUGACAUUCGGUUUAGUCUACACUGUCUACGCCACCGCCAUUGAUCCCAAAAGAGGUGAACUGGGAGUCAUUGCACCCAUCGCCAUCGGUUUAAUCGUGGGCGCUAACAUUUUGGUGGGCGGCCCAUUCACCGGUGCCUCCAUGAACCCUGCCGUCGCCUUCGGACCUGCCGUCAUCUCUUGGUCUUGGGUUAACCAUUGGAUCUACUGGGCUGGCCCUCUCAUCGGCGGCGGCUUAGCCGGCAUUGUGUAUGAACUGUUCUUCAUUGGCUUCACCCACGAGCCUCUUCCGACUGCAGAGUACUGAAGAAGUGUAUUAUUGAUCUGUUGUAGUCAUUAACCUUUCUUCUCUUCGUCAACUUCUUUGUUCUACGUUUCUCUUCAUUAAUCUGUCUUCCUCUUCAACUUUUCAAUGUCAUCCAUUUUGAUAUCGUAUUAAAUUGAUGUCUUCUUUCUUCCUUGAA